AUGGGUUCAUUUGCAAUGAAUAUAUUACAAUGUACCGUCGGUUGUCGAUCACUAGUGCUUUUGGUACAUGAAAACUCUGAUCCGGAAUAUCCUCAGUAUACAAGCUUUUUAUCGAGGUUGAAAACAUUCGAUUCACACCCGGCUCGAUCGUGUCAAGAUAAAUAUUCACUGGCCGCCAGCGGAUUCACUUAUACCGGGACUGAGGAUUUGGUUCAAUGUCACUACUGCGGGUUAUUGUUGGGGCAAUGGGAGGAAAAUGACGAAGUGUGGCAGCAACACACCCUGCACAACCCUAAAUGUGUAUUCGUAUUAUUGUAUAAAGGCAUGGAAUUUAUUGAAAAUGUAAAAAAUGAAUUUAAUCUCAAACGUAGUGAUAAUAGAGGCAUUCGAGACUGUUGUCGUUGUAAAUCAGAACCGUAUGAUGUUGGUAAUAAUCGCGAUAAUGGUAAUAGUCAGGCCCGUAUAUGUAAAUCUGAAUCGUAUGAUGUCGUCGGGUGA